GCUCAUACUCAAAGCCCUCAGGACUAUUCGCGAGAGACAGAGAGGGACACGGAGGAGGGAAGGAGGAGAGAGAGAGAGAGCAUUACAGGACGUCAAUGGCGGUUUAGGGUUUUCAACUAAUCUUCCAAAGUCCAAAACUGAGUAUCCUAAUUACUGUUUUGGCUUCCCCUCUUUCUCCCUCAUCUUCGUAACAAACCCUAAUUUCAAUUAAAUCAUAUUCUCAGUUUACUUUCUGUUGCUCGUGAACUGCGAAUUUUCACUUGGCGGAGACCGUAGGUGUGAUGGCUACGCAUGACAGGGCGUCCACGUCGAACAAUUUGAUGCAGCGUGUUAAGGUCUACCGAUUGAAUGAAGAUGGAAAGUGGGAUGAUCAAGGAACUGGGCAUGUUACUGUUGAUUAUCUGGAGAGAUCAGAAGAACUGGGUUUGUUUGUUAUUGAUGAAGACGACAAUGAAACAUUACUUUUGCACCGAAUCAGUUCAGAUGAUAUUUACCGAAAGCAAGAAGAUACAAUAAUCUCUUGGAGAGAUCCAGAAUACUCCACUGAAUUAGCUCUUAGCUUUCAGGAGGCUUCAGGUUGCUCUUCCAUCUGGGAUCACAUUUGUGGUGUGCAAAGGAACCUACAUUAUAAUCCUCUUAACAGUACUGUUCUUCCAUGAGUUUUGUAGUCUGAGCAGGAGUUUGCAGAUGGUCCAACAACACCGUUUUUACAGGGAUCUGGUUAAUGAAGGGAUAUUCGAUAUCAUCUCUGAUAUUUUGCAGGGUCAAGAUAAAAAGCUUGUAUUAAUUGGGACAGAUAUCCUUAUGCUCUUCCUCAAUCAGGAUUCAAAUCUUUUGCGUUCUUAUGUCUCUCGGCAGGAGGGGAUACACUUGCUUGGAUUUUUGGUUAAAGGUAUGAUGACAGAUUUUGGGGAUAAUAUGCAUUGCCAGUUUCUUGAGAUUCUUCGAAGCCUUUUGGAUUCAUAUACAUCAGCAUCACAGAGAGAUGCUAUAAUUGAGAUUUUCUAUGAGAAGCACUUAGGUCAAUUAAUUGAUUGUAUAACAUCAUCAUGUCCUCCUAACAGCAUUGAUCAGUCAGUCGGCAAACCUGAUGGCUCCCAAGGAAGCACUGAAAAUCGAAUCCAUGCGAAGCCAGAAAUACUCUUAAACAUAUGUGAACUAUUGUGCUUUUGCGUUUUGCACCAUUCGUAUAGGAUAAAGUGUGACUUUCUUCUUAAUAAUGUGAUAGAUAAAGUUUUAUCGCUGACUCGAAGAAGAGAAAGAUACCUUGUAGUUGCCGCUGUUCGAUUUUUAAGGACCCUUCUUACCCGUAAUGAUGAGCCCUUGUCGAAUCAUAUUGUGAAGAACAACCUUUUGAAACCAAUUGUAGAGGCUUUUAUAUGUAAUGGAAGUCGUUAUAACCUGUUGCACUCUGCUGUUCUAGAACUUUUCGAGUAUAUCCGAAUGGAGAACUUGAAGAUAUUACUAAAGUAUUUAAUUGAUUCAUUCUGGAAUCAGUUGGUUAAAUUUGAGAAUCUGGCCUCCAUUCAGUCUCUGAAAGCUAAAUAUGAGCAGUUCUUGGAGAACUCUGGAACUGAAAGCUCCAUCAAUGCAGUAGACCCAAAAAAGUGUGUAGACGAGCGUGCUCUAGAGAAAGAAGAGGGAAACUUCUUCAAUGAGGACAGUGAUGAAGAAGAUUCAGCUUCUGCAUCUUUGUUGCACACCCCAAGCAUAAAAGCCCAACCUGUUCUAUCCAAUGGUUCUGCUGCAAACUAUCCGUCAUUAAGUUCAAGAUCUGGUGGACUUGUUGAUUAUGAGGAUGAUGAGGAUGAUGAAGACUACAAGCCACCACCUAGGAAACAAUCAGAAACUAUCGAUGAAAAUGACAGAAUAGUUGAGUCCUUUGGUAUGAAACGGAAGUUGGGUGCAGAGGAGCCUGACCUGAUAGAAAAGCAACGGAUAGGUAAGAGUUCAAGAUCUAAAGAUACCAUAGUAACUACCUCAUGUUCAACACCGGCUCAGGCAGUGCUGACCAGCAAGAAAACAGCAACCACCUCAGAGUCUGAGGAUGUAGAGAAUCACUCAGAGAAGGAAUCCGUAAACUGUUCUGGUAAGUAUAGGAGCUCAGGUGAAGAGAACCAUAAAGAUAAAGAACCCGCUGAUCCGAGAAGCUGCUCUGAUACCUUGCGCAGUACUCCGGGUACUGGGCAAACGACUGGGGAUGACUGCCCAUUUAUACCAUCAAACUCAGCAGAAAUGGCCGUAAAUGGAUCUUAAAACGAUUUUUAGCUUGGCAACACCUCGCGCACUGGGCCACUGCAAUAUUCUAGCUGGCAGUCAGCUUCAUGCUACUUGAGCAACUUUCUUCUCUGGAGGGGGAAGAACAGAGCUGACGGAACAGAGAAAACUGAUAUACAGCGUUACGGGUGUGUAUGCUUGAAGAGGAUAUUGUACAUUGCCAUGGGAAGUACUGGGUGAAAUUCUGCCCCGUUUUAGCUUUUCUGGUGCCUUGAGCCGAGUAAUCCCUGUUGUAAUACGUUGGUUCAGUAACAAUAAUUUCUCUCUUUCCAGUUUUCUCGUGCUUUGAUAGUUGAUCCUUGUUGCCUUUUGAACCCUAACACCCCCCUUACAUAAUAAUAUAUAAUAUAAUAUAUAUAUAUAUAUUUAUGUCAUAGAUAGGGCACUAACAGUUGGCCCUGUAUAGUUAGUUUCUCUUCAUUUUUGCUUUGCUUUUAAUUUAUGAGUGUGGGAUGUAACUAACUGACAAGACAUUUUAAAUGAGCAGGUAUCAGGUCAGUUUCUUUU